CCCCAUUACUAAUACUGUCACCAUACAGUGGCAGAAAAGAGCAGGGUGCAGCGGAGAGUUGACAGGGAGGAGGAAAAGCCCAGGAGUAGUAAAGGAGCAGCUCCAGUGAUGGAAAUUUGCUCCCUAAAGACCUCUGAUCUGGUCGAGUUUGUGAAUAAAGAGAAGAAGAGAAGGGCUGCCUGUGAAAAGGGCUUCAUCCUGGAUGGCAUGGCAGUCAGGACUUUGACGGGAGAAGAGAGGUUUCCCAAGCUUUGGGGGGGGAUCCCUCCAUACAAUGCCCAACGUGACCCACACGCAGCAGCUUAUUUUCAGAAUCCAACUGUGAGGAACUUAUUGAGGAAGACUGGACAGGGCAACGGAGGAACCUCAAUGAAUGGCCGCAUAGUAGAUAAGUAUUAUGUCCGUGGAGAGGGGGCCGUGUACUUGAACCUCAGGAACUGCAGUGGAUCAGGACAUUGCCAGAUGCAUUACACCGGGCAUAAUGCCCCAUCAUGGCUGCCAAUGCUCGGGUACAAUGGGCAAUAUGGAUAUAGAAGGAAUGUGCCAACACUCCGUCAGACACCCUCUGCAUUCGGGGAAAUUACACCAUUCCCCCAUCACUAACGGGGUUUCAAUGCUGCUGGAAGGCUGGAGAACCAGUCAAGAACUCAGCAUGUAAAUUGCCCAGGAACAUGGACCCAUUGUAAAGAAAGUCUUCCUUGCACAGCACUGAUUGGGAUCCAGGCCCAUUAUUCACCUUUACCAUCGAGGCAUUAAAAGGACACUGGGGGGCAAGACUGUGAGAGCUGGAAGUUGGGAAGAAUACAUGUUAUAUCCAUGUUCAUGGGUAUUAAAGGCAUACUGACCCAA